UCAUUGAACAAAGGAAGGAAGAUCCAACCAAAAACCUACAGGGAGAGUAGAGCGAGCAGCCAGCCAACCAAUCCACCAAAACCCUCGUGAGAGAAGGGAGGAGCAAAGCCCACCGGCUAGAGCCGUGGCCGUCGAUGGGGGUGGACUACUACAAGGUUCUCGGCGUCGGCCGCGGCGCCACCGAAGACGAGCUCAAGAAGGCCUACCGCCGCCUCGCCAUGAAGUACCACCCCGACAAGAACCCCUCGCCGCAGGCCGACUCCCUCUUCAAGCAGGUCUCCGAGGCCUACGACGUGCUCAGCGACCCGCAGAAGCGCGCCGUCUACGACCAGUACGGCGAGGACGGCCUCAAGGCCGGCGCGCCCCCGCCCUCCGCCUCCUCGCACACCGCCGGCGCCGGCGCCCACGGGUUUCGCUUCAAUGCGAGGAGCGCUGAGGAGAUCUUCGCCGAGAUAUUCGGCGGGGCGGGUCCCCGCUCCCCCGGUGGCGGCGUUCCCUACGGGUUCCCUGUGUUCGGUGGCGGCGCCGGCGCCGGUGCAGGGGAGGCGUCCAGCGGGGUGGCGCAGAGGAAGGCGCCGCCUAUCGAGCGGCAGCUGGCCUGCAGCCUGGAGGACCUGUACAAAGGCGCCACCAAGAAGAUGAAGAUCUCCAGGGACAUCUUCGACGCCGCCGGGAAACCGACGAAUGUUGAGGAGAUCCUGACGAUAGAUAUCAAGCCCGGAUGGAAGAAGGGUACAAAGAUCACCUUUCCUGAGAAAGGCAACGAGAUGCGUAACGUCAUACCAUCAGAUCUAGUGUUUAUAAUAGAAGAACGGGCACACCCUAAAUUCAAGAGAGAUGGGAAUGACCUUAUUUACACUCAUAAGAUCUCUCUUGUGGAGGCAUUGACUGGUUGCACAGUCCAACUGACAACUCUGGAUGGACGAAAUCUGACUAUUCCCGUGAAGUCUGUUGUCAGUCCUACUUACGAAGAAGUUGUGCAGGGUGAAGGUAUGCCGAUCACAAGGGAGCCGUCUAAGAAAGGGAACUUGCGGAUCAAGUUUCAGAUCAAAUUCCCCACUAAUCUAACAGCUGACCAGAAGGCGGGGAUCCAACAACUCCUGUCUUAACUUUGUUGUACAAUGUGAACCUGUGUUUAUUUGUUUGUCGAGCAGUUCUAGUUACAAUUGUUGAAUGCACUAUCACUUUUUGUAUGCUAGUGUUGGCAUAUUCUUUCCUAGCUCUUGCAAAGUUACUCCCAAUUGCUCACUGCCAAGGGAGUUGAAGCUC